AUGAUUCGUUUAUCUUUGGUGUGUUUAAUUUUCAUUAGCUUAACAAUUGCCAGAAAACAUGAAACUUUUGAUGCUCCAUUUAUAAUCGACAAAAAUGGUUCCAUGAUGUUAAUGAUUAAUGGAUAUAAUUAUACUUUAAAUGAGAAAUUGACUUUAAAAGUAACAGAUGAAAUAUGUGAAACCGAUAUCGACUUUUCGAGACCAAAUGAAACAGAGAAAAAUAACAGAAAAGGAAUUCGUUUAAUGAAAGUAAUCAUUAUGUUAUAUUCAAUUAUUCUAUUCUUUAUACUAUUUGAAUUAUCAAUAACUAAAGAGAUUGAUGUUUAUCAACUACCAUUUGUAAUUAGUAAAAGUGGUGCAAUGAUAAUUACAGAUCAUGAAGAAAAAAUGUCGCUAUCUCAAGAUCUAUUACUUAUUCAUAAAGAUGUAUCAUGUACUACAAAAAUUGAUUUAAAAAGACCAACUGAAGCAGAAAUCAAAGCAAAAUCCGGUACACGUAAAGUAUUUCAGUAA